GACACUAGGCGACGAGACGACAACUUAUUUUGGCAAGAGGAGAAGGCGAAUGAAAACGAUUGUGCCGAAGAUGAGGACUGGUGGGUCACUGGCACCGAUGAGACAGGAGACAUUUGGGUUAAUGAACAGACUGCAGUAGAGCCACAACUUGCUUUGAAGUCGGCUGAUCUCAGGCAUGAUAGUUCUACAUCAGCUUUUAAACCUAAAUCCAACUCUCAUCAACCAUCAUCACUGUUACCGGUCCUGAAGGAUGUAGUGGCUCUUGAACCUAACCCUAACAAGUUAAGUCAGCGAUCAACGUUGUCCUCACAUCAUACCACUUCACACCCUUCGACAAAUCCAACGAAAGUAACAACCUUGGUCGAAUCGGAGUCAUUGAGGGUCGCUUUAUCGUCUGAUUGUGUAGAACCGGCUGACUGGGGCUGGGAACAGGCUUCGUAUGGCGAUGAUAUCAGAUCGGCAACUAAUACGAAACGCGGUAACCUAGCGACCAGCUCGGUUGGCUUGCGCCAUUCUCCUGAAGCUAAAGCUUACUGCACUCCUAAAUCAGUUGCCAAUUCUACUUCAUCUGACCGGGCCGGUAAAUCCACGGCUGGACUGGAUCUCUCUUGGAAUGCAGACUCUUUCUUUUCUGAUUUUCAGGCCAAUCUGCCCAAGGAGAGAUCUAAAGUUACUCCAAAGCACACACCCAUUGAUGGCACCAUUCCCGCAACCGAGGCAAAACAGUUCAGUCAGGGCCCUGUUCCUGCCAAGCAGGUGACUUAUUCUAGUGCUACUUCUAAGGAAAGCAUUAACAAGCCAAUGCAGUCUCGCAAAUCGACACCACAAAAAGAUAAUGAUGAUUGGGGAAAUUGGUAG